UUAAUCAAAUUAAAAUAAAGGAAGAUUACCUAUACAGUUACAUAUCCUUUAAAAUCCCUUAAAUCCCUCCUAAAAACUCUCUUCAUAGAAACGAACCCCAUUGGAAACGAACCCCAAACCCUUCUUAUAGCUGAAUAUUUUCUAAAAUUAUAUUUCCCUUUUAAAAAAAAAUCCAUCGCCUCCCUCUACCUGACGAACCAACAGAUCCUCGGAGUAUCCACCUCCAGUCGCAGAUCGUUGAAACUAACAGCCCGACGAACCAAAGCUUCGUCUCACUUUCCCUCUCUCUCUCGUGUUAUCUUCAGCAAAAAUGCUCCGCUGUAUGUGCGUGGAUCAAUCAACCAUCUGGAUGGCCAGCCUUUCGUGGUCGGUAUUCGUUCUCUUCACGAUUGUGGUUCCUGGCAUUUCCCAUUUUGUCCUCGCUUGUUCCACCUGUGAUAGCAAGCACGAUAGCCAUACAGCUCAAGGUGGGAGAGUUGGUCCUACUUUCAAUCAAAAUAUAUCAACUUGUUUGAUUUAGGCCAAUUGCAUUGCAUCAUCAACCAUUAAGAGUCAUUGCAUUGUAUUUCGAGCGGUCUCCAAUUGAUUCAUUUUUAAUCCGACGGCUGAGAAUUGUUUGGUUUGGGGGUCUGUGUGGGCCCAUUUGGACUGUUUAAUUUUGUCUCUUUCUCCAAACUUACUCACUAUUUAUAUUUGUAUAUAUAUCUCUGUUUCUAAGUCUCUCUGUUAUAUUUGCACAUAUGAGUGAGAAUAAUUCAUUUCUUUUGUCUCCUAAUUUAUUAAGCUCAGAAAUAUUAGAAGAAGAUGAUGAUGUUUUUUCAACUGGUUACUUAGAAGAUGCCUUGUUUGAAUUCACUAAAAAAUCAAAGAGAAGACGUUUAUUGGUUUAUACUGAUCAUAAUCAUCAUCAUGAAAAUCUUCUCUCUAAGAGUUACUUGGACUCAUCAUCAUCAUCAUCAAUAUUUAAUUGGGAAAUUAUGUCAUCUCAUGAUCACGAGAAUAAUUUCAAUUUUAUGACUAAUAAUUGCAUUAAAAUAGAUAUGGAUGUUGAUAUAGAUCACUAUAUUAUUCUUGGCCUACCAGCUGAGGAUGGUGCUAAUAAGCUUACAGAGAUAUUAAAGGUGUAUACCUGUAACCAGAUAAAUUACCUGAUAAGUUUUGUAUUAGUCAUUGUUCUUAUUGUCCAUAUUCUGAUAUAAAACUUUCAUUACUUGCACUACAUUAUUAAUUUUAAUUAAAAUUGGACUCUGCAUUAUGUUAUCUUGUACAGUUCUAUUCUUUCGUAAAACAGAGACUUCAAAGUCUAAAGGACCACAUGAGUUAAAUUUGCA